CUUAAAGCUGGGGAAUUUCUGCCUGCCUCUUUGCAGAUCAAAAUCGGAGAAACUCCCUAUUCCAGCAAAUAACCAUGCUGAGCAAAAUUGUAGCCUUUUCAAGCAUCAGUCUUUUUCUGUUCACACCUACCUCGGCAAGUUCCUGUCCCAGACGAUGUUUGUGCUUUAGGACUACAGUAAGAUGUAUGCAUUUGAUGCUGGAAAUCAUCCCCGAAGUUUCACCGCAAACAAACAUCCUGGAUUUGCGCUUCAACCGCAUCAAAAACAUCAAGCCUGGAGUCUUCAGGAAUCUGAAGAAUCUCGACACACUGCUUUUGAACAACAACUUACUGAAGCACAUAGCACAAAAUUCCUUUGAAGGGCUUAAGAAGUUGAAAUACCUUUACCUUUAUAAGAAUGAAAUUCAAAGCAUCCAGCGACAGGCCUUCAAGGGGCUGCAUUCUCUGGAACAGCUCUACCUGCAUUUUAACAACCUUGAAAGCCUGGAAGUGGGAACUUUUAAUGACCUACCCAAAUUGGAAAGACUCUUCUUGAACAACAACCGAAUUUCCCAGAUCCAGCCAGGAGCUAUUGGCCAACUUGAAUCCCUCAAUCGUCUGCGGCUGGACUCCAACGCCUUGCUCUGCGACUGUGACCUGAUGUGGCUGGCCGAGCUGCUGAAGAAGUACACCAUACAGGGCAACACUCAAGCAGCUGCCACUUGCGAGAGCCCACCCGAGUUAUUGGGUUGUUCUGUCAUCACCCUGACCACCCGAGAAUUCAACUGUGAGAGCCCUCGCAUCACAACUGAACCGCAAAAUGCAGAUGUUACUCUGGGCAACACCGUCUAUUUCAUCUGCCGGGCAGAGGGGAACCCCAAACCUAAGAUUAUCUGGCUUCACAACAACAACGAGAUCGACAUGAAGGAUGACGGGCGGCUGAACCUGCUCCAAGAUGGCACGCUUAUGAUCCAAGACACUAGGGAAUCCGACAAAGGAAUCUAUCAGUGCCUGGCCAAGAAUAUUGUGGGCGAAGCAAAGACCCAUGAAGUUGCCCUGCGCUACGCUGGCACUCCCUCCAAGCCUACCUUUGUCAUCCAUCCGCAGAACACAGAAGUGCUUGUGGGGGAAAGCGUGACUUUGGAAUGUGGGGUGUCAGGACACCCUCCGCCUCGCAUCGUCUGGACGCUGAGCUCAGGGUCACCGCUGCCCCCAAAUUCGCGCUUCACCAUCACCAGCUCCGGAGGCCUCUAUAUCCAAAAUGUGACUUUGUCGGAUGAGGGGAAGUACAGUUGCAAAGCCACUAACAGAGAAGGAUCCGUUAUGGCAACAGCAAACGUCAUUGUGCAAGAUAAGCCCAGGUUUUUAGUAGUCCCCAGUGAUCGGACCGUGAUGGAGGGCCAAAGUGUGGAUCUGCCCUGCUCUGCAGAUGGACAUCCUCUCCCAGUCGUAACUUGGACAAAAGGAGGUGGUCCAUUGCCAAACAAGUUGAGAUACAGUGUCCUCUCCACGGGAACCCUGCAGAUAGUCCAAGUGGCCCUUCACGAUCAAGGCCACUACGAGUGCCACGCCAUCAACGCUGUUGGAGUCCAGAGUUUUUCUGUGAAGCUCUGGGUCACCCCACGUGUUAUGCCUGUCUUCCUUCAUCCACCUCAAGAUACAGUGGCAGAGGUUGGACAAGACAUCGAAAUCCCUUGUAUUGCCCGAGGUGAUCCGCAGCCAACAAUAACGUGGGCGAAGGACAGCAUUCAGAUCACAGAGAGUGGGAAGUUCCGCAUCAGCCAGGAAGGCACCUUAUCCGUCAGAGAUUUGGGGCUGGCAGAUCAAGGAAGAUACGAAUGUAUAGCCCGGAGUAGCUCUGGUUUCACAACUAGCACCAUGCAGCUAACAAUCAUUGCCACAAAUGUUGGGAGGAGCGGCGAUACCUUUGUAGCCACCUCCAUCCAGGAAGCCAUCAGCAGUGUGGAUCAUGCCAUCAAUUCAACGCGCAUAGAACUGUUCAGCAAGAGACCCAAAUCACCGAAUGAAUUGCUGGCCCUUUUCAGAUAUCCACGGGAUCCCUAUACUAUUGAGACGGCUCGGGCUGGAGAGAUCUUUGAAAGGACCUUGCAACUCAUUCAGGACCACGUGCAGCAAGGGUUGUUCGUGGACAUGAAUGGAACGGGCUAUCGCUACAAUGAUCUGGUUUCCCCUCACUACUUGAACAUGAUUGCCAACUUAUCUGGCUGCUCCGCCCAUCGCCGCACACCCAACUGCUCAAACAUCUGUUUCCAUAAGAAGUAUCGGACCCAUGACGGGUCUUGCAAUAACCUCCUGCACCCCAUGUGGGGUGCAUCCCUGACGGCCUUCCAGAGGCUACUUAAGCCCGCCUACCAAAAUGGCUUCAACCUCCCCCGGGGCUUCUCCUUGGUGGAGGAUUCCAGGGAGCUCCCCCUUCCCCUGCCUCGCUUGGUCUCUACUGCCCUGAUUGGCACAGAGACCAUUACACCUGAUGACCAGUUCACUCACAUGCUUAUGCAGUGGGGACAGUUCCUGGACCAUGACCUGGACCAGACGGUGGCUGCCAUCAGCAUGGCACGUUUCUCAGAUGGGGAGUCCUGCAGUCAGGUGUGCACCAAUGACCCGCCUUGCUUCUCCAUCAUGAUCCCAAAGAAUGACCCCCGGGUACGGACAGGGCGGUGCAUGUUCUUUGUGCGUUCCAGCCCCGUGUGUGGCAGUGGAAUGACGUCCCUGCUGAUGAACUCUGUCUAUGCCCGGGAGCAGAUCAACCACCUCACCUCAUUCAUCGACGCUUCCAACGUCUAUGGCAGCACGGAACAGGAAUCCCGUGAAUUGCGGGAUCUCAGCAACCAGAAUGGGCUUCUGAAGAAAGGCCAGGUGGUUCCAAGUUCAGGGAAACCCCUCCUUCCCUUUGCAACUGGGCCUCCAACUGAGUGCAUGCGGGAUGAAAGCGAGAGCCCUGUGCCAUGCUUCUUGGCAGGGGAUCACCGAGCCAACGAGCAACUGGGCUUGACUUCCAUGCACACCCUCUGGUUCCGUGAGCACAACCGGGUGGCCGCCGAGCUCCAGGCUUUGAACCCUCACUGGGAUGGAGACACCAUCUAUCACGAGGCCCGCAAGAUUGUGGGGGCCCUGAUGCAGCACGUCACCUACUCCCAUUGGCUGCCCAAGAUCCUGGGAGAAGCUGGGAUGAAGCUCUUGGGAGAUUACAGAGGCUACAAACCCAGUACCAAUGCUGGCAUCCUGAAUGUCUUCGCCACAGCUGCUUUUCGCUUCGGCCACACCCUUAUCAACCCGCUUCUCUACCGACUCAAUGAGACUUUCCAGCCCAUCCGGCAAGGCCACGUCCCACUUCACAAGGCAUUCUUCUCCCCCUUCAGGAUCAUCCAGGAGGGUGGCAUUGAUCCUCUUCUGCGUGGGCUUCUUGGGGUCCCUGGGAAAAUGCGGGUCCCUUCUGAACUCCUCAACAUGGAACUGACGGAGAAGCUGUUUUCAAUGGUGCACUCGGUCUCCCUCGACCUGGCAGCCAUCAAUAUCCAGAGAGGGCGCGAUCAUGGCAUCCCCCCUUAUAAUGAUUUCCGGGUCUUCUGCAACCUCACAUCUGCUCGGGAGUUUGAUGAUCUCAAGAAUGAAAUUAAGAAUCUGGAGAUCAGGGAGAAGCUCAGGAGCUUAUAUGGGAUUACAAAGAAUAUUGACCUUUUUCCAGCCCUGAUGGUAGAAGACCUUGUCCCGGGAACCAGAGUAGGUCCAACACUCAUGUGCUUAUUAGUGACCCAGUUCAGAAGACUCCGAGAUGGAGACAGGUUUUGGUACGAAAACCCAGGGGUGUUCACUCCAGCCCAGCUCACGCAAAUCAAGCAGACAUCACUGGCCCGUAUCAUCUGCGACAACAGCGACCACAUCCAGCAGCUCCAGAAGGACGUCUUCCAGGUGGCCUUGUACCCCCAAGGCAUGGUUGGCUGCAGUGAAAUUCCCCAGGUGGAUCUGCACAUGUGGCAAGACUGCUGUGAAGACUGCAGCACAAGGGGUCAGUUGAGGGCUCUCUCACAGCAGUUCCGAAGCAAAAGAUCAUCCGACUUCAGCUAUCCAGAAGAAAAUCCAUCCAAGGCCAUCUUAGGAGGACCAAGGAUGGAGGGAUCAGUUCUGAACCAUUCCCCAGACGAAGACCUCAGAUCUUUGGUGAAGAAACUUGAAAAGACCAUCUUCUCUCUUUGGAAACAGGUCAAUGGCUUGGAAGGUCAACUGAGAAGACAUCAGAGAAGCCUUGCUACCAAAUAUGGCUGGCAGCAAGAGAAUGGAGCAAAGGAGAGGAAAAGAUGACCCCACAUACGUGCUACUUGAGUGAGAGGACAAUCCAGGGGUAAAAGAGGGAAGGACAGGUUGCGCAAUGUUUUCUGGAGCAGGGUCAAGAGUAUUGGUGUCCAUGGAUGGAAGAAAUGGUGACAUGGGCAUUGCAUGACUCAGCUCAUGCCCUUCUAUCACACAGUGAUGUGAUGGACACCGGUGACAUAAUCGCAUCAUUGAUGCCAUGAUGUCAUGAUACAUGUAUUGUCAUGUUGAUGUCACUGUGGCUUAUAAAAGACACUAAUGCUCAAGAGCAGCACCUGGAUUCUAAGACUCAUUUAUGGGCAGCUGGUCUUUCCUAAGCCAUGUACCCAUCUCUUUUUCUAAA